GUGGCCGUGCUGGUGAUGCCCUGGAGGGCGGUGUCCGAGGUCGCCGGCAUCUGGCUCUUCGGCCGCUUCUGCGACACCUGGGUCGCCUUCGACAUCAUGUGUUCCACCGCGUCCAUCCUCAACCUGUGCAUCAUCAGCAUGGACCGCUACUGGGCCAUCUCCAGCCCCUUCAAGUACGAGCGCAAAAUGACGCGCAGGUUCGCCUUCCUGAUGAUCGGUGUCGCCUGGACUCUCUCCAUCCUCAUCUCCUUCAUCCCUGUGCAGCUCAACUGGCACCGCGCGGACGCGGACAACUCGACCGCGGAAAACCCGGACGACUGCAACGCCAGCCUGAACCGGACAUACGCCAUCUCCUCGUCCCUCAUAAGCUUCUACAUUCCCGUGGUGAUCAUGGUGGGGACGUACACGCGCAUUUUCCGCAUCGCGCAAACCCAAAUCAGACGCAUCUCGUCUUUGGAGAGGGCGGCAGGGCCCCGUGCGCAAAACCACCGCCACCGCGCGUCAACGCACGACGAAAGCUCGCUGAAAACAUCUUUUAAGAGAGAAACGAAAGUUUUAAAGACUCUCUCCAUCAUCAUGGGAGUGUUUGUGUUCUGCUGGCUGCCGUUUUUCGUCUUGAACUGCGUGGUGCCUUUUUGCGAGCUGGAUAAAGUCAGAGAGCCGCCGUGCGUCAGCGACACCACCUUCAGCAUCUUCGUGUGGUUCGGCUGGGCCAACUCGUCCCUGAACCCGGUCAUUUACGCCUUCAACGCCGACUUCAGGAAGGCUUUCUCCACCAUCCUGGGCUGUAAUAAAUACUGCUCCACCUCCACGGUGGAGGCGGUGGACUUCAGCAACGAGCUGGUGUCUUACCACCACGACACCACCAUGCAGAAGGAAACCUGCGCCAUGCCGGGCCCCGGGGCGCAGAGACUCGUGCCGCCGCCGCCGCCGCAGCACACAGGUGGAGAUCUGGAGCAGAACUUUGACAAAGUUUCUGUCAUUUCAGAUGAUUCACGGAACCACAGCAACUUACUGCUGCCCGCCAUGCUGCAGUAUGAGUGCGAGGCGGAGAUCUCUUUAGACAUGAUGCCCUUAAGCUCCUCCGGACCCGCAGACUGUUACGUUAUUCCGGGUCAAAUCCAGGAGCUGUGA